AUGGCCCCGGGCGCCACCACGACCCGGGGAGUGGGCGUCGCGGUGGGCGCGCCCGCGGCCUGGGCGGGGUUGCGGCUGGCGGGCGGUUGGCUGGCGGCGGCCCCCGCGUGGCCGCCUCCGCCGCCGCCCCCGCCGCCGCCGCCCACUGGGCCUGGUGCGGCGAGCGCCGCGGCGGCUGUGGCCGCGGAGCUGGGGCCGUUGCUUGCCAACAGCCCCCUGCAGGCGCCGCCGAUAUUCCCCUCGGUGGAGGCGACGGCCGCGGCGCCACUGGACAAGCCCCCGCUGGCGACGGGGGCCGAGGGCCCGACUGUCGCGGCGGAGCCGCCCGUGGCCGGCCCGGCCUUGGUGCCCGAGCGCGCGUCCGCGCUGGAGUUCGCGCGGCUGGUGGCGGGGGCGGAGAUCCACAGGUUCUCGGAGCCCGUGCGCACGGCACAGCCUCUCGCGAGCGGGGGGGCUGACAGGACGGCGACGCCGCCCGGGGUCGAUGCUGGGCCGCUGAUGGAGGCGGCCGCUGCGGAGGCCAGUGGUGCCCUGCGGGCGAUCCCCGUGGAGGAGGUCGACGGUCACCGUCGGCGGCGGCCCAAGAUGGUCGCGAACCUGUUGGAGGACCUGAGUGGUGGCCGCCACGCGGCACUGGAGGGGGGCCCCGAGUCCGCCGUGGUGCCUACUGCCGUCGGGGCUUCCGACCCGGAGAUGGCCGACGGGGACCUGGGAGACAGGCUUGGGUUCCCGGCGUCCGAGGGGGCGUCCGACGCCGAGGUCGCCGAUGACGCGAGGACGCUGUGGGCGCAGCAUGAUGAGCGCGGGGGGCGCCGCGAGCCCUGGCGUGAGGUCGUUCGCGAGGUGAAGAAGUGCAUCCUCCGCGACUGGUCCUGGAUGGGGCGGCCUCUCCACCGCGGAGUACAUGAUCAAGAGGUGUGGGUGCGGGAUCGGCUCAUCAGCUCGACUGACCGUGCCUGCGCAGAGAUGAAGUGCUUGCUCUCAACGAUCAGCUACGUUGGGGCCUGUGACCAGAUCAACUUGGCCAGCAUGGCGAGCAUCGAGGCGGCGCGUCAUGGGGCGUCGCAGAUCGUGGAGGCAUGCCCGUGCGACCCCGCCAAGCCACCGAAGCGGGGCGGUCUGCGGCGCUACGUGAGCGCGACGGGCCCGCUGGUCGUCAUCGACCCCGCGUUGAGAUCGGCCGUCUUCCAUCGGAACGAGAAGAAGACCGAGUUGGAGGGCUGGAAGAGCCGCGCCGCCGGCGUGCUGGCGCCGAGCCCUCUGGCGUUGGAGCCGACGGGCGCGGGCGCGGCCGCGUACGGGGUCGUGGGGAUGAUCGAGGCGGCGGCGGACGGGGCAUCUGGGCGCGGUGGCAAGCUCACCGCGCCCGAGGUCGGGGACUUUCGUGAGGUUGUCGACGCCUUGAAUUGGUUGAUGAACCGAACUAGUACAGGCGCUAUGCCGAAUUCUGACCAGAUGAGGGUGCACGCGCGGAUCCUGGCGUGCGCGGGCGACAGCCUGCCGCCUCUGGAGACCGCGAUCCCACCCCCGCGGGCAGCCUUCUCAGAGCUGAUGCACCUAGACUCGCCGGUCAACAUGGACGUCUUCCUCUGCCAGAGGCCCAAGGGCAGCGCCAGCACGCGCAUCAAACACCACCCCCUGACGUCCCAGAGCGUACGGCCUUCCACGCCCCGGAUCGCGGUGGAACUCCCCGGCUUCCAGGCUACUGUAGUGUUCAGAGGCACGCUGUGGUAUUCGCGCGGGGAAGCGGUUGCGUGCGUGCCGCGAAGGUCUGCUCCCGAGGCGUCGGGGGCACCCGAUGCUGAAGUCAUUGCGCAGGGGGAAUUUGGCUCCGCGGCAAUUCUGUCUGCUGUGGCGCGCCGCGAUGUUCGUGCCACGCUGCGCCAGUGGCUGCGCCCGGAGGCGCCGCCCGUACUGCUGCUGCUGCUACUGCUGCUGCUGCUGCUGCUGCUGCUGCUGCUGCUGCUGCUGCUGCUGCUGAGGUGGGAUGCCCUCGGGCCGAAGCACCCCCACACGCUCGACGCAGUGAAUAACUUGGCCGUCUUGCUCAACAACAUGCAAAGGUACUCCGAGGCGGAGCCCUUCCACCGCAAGGCGCUGAUCGGCAGAGAGGAGGCCCUCGGCCCCGAGCACCCGGACACGCUGGCCUCCGCGAACAAUUUGGGCGUCCUGCUGCACGACAUGGGGAGGCUUCGGGAGGCCGAGCGGCUGCACCGGAGGGCCCUGAGCGGCAGGGAGGCGACACUGGGGCCAACUCACCCCGACACGCUGGCCUCCAUGAGCAACCUGGCCACCCUGCUGCAGGCCAUGGACCGCGGCGCGGAGGCGGAGGCGCUUCACCGGCGCGCGCACGAGGGCCGGGAGGCCACGCUCGGCCCCCUGCACCCGGACACGCUAGGCUCGAUCAACAACCUCGCGAACCUGCUGCGGGUGAUGGGGCGCUGGGACGAGGCGGAGCGGCUGUACCGCAAGACGCUGAAGGGCACCGAGUCCGCCAUGGGCAUGAACCACCAGUGCACGCUGGCGUCGGUGAACAACCUGGCCAACCUGCUGGACGACCUCGGGAGGCGCGAGGAGUCCGAGAGCCUCCACCGGCGCGCGCUGGAGAGCAAGGAGGCGGUGCUCGGGCCGACGCACCCGGACACCCUGGGCAAGCCGCUCCCCCGCAGCCUCCCGGGCGGUCUCGGCGCGCCGCCCCGGGGCGCUUGUUAA